UACACGGUCAUCAUGAACAAGAAGCUUUGCCUUCAGAUGGUUUCAGGGACGUGGGCCACUGGCUUCCUCAAUUCAUUGUUGCACACUGUAAUGACUUUCACGCUUCCUUACUGCCAACUAAAUAAGGUCAAUCAAUAUUAUUGUGACAUCCCACCUGUGUUGGCUUUAGCGUGUGCUUCCACCUACGUGUCUGAGAUGGUUGUCCUUAUCUUUGGGGGAAUUUUCGGGGUGGGGGCAUUUCUGGUCACGCUGAUCUCUUACGUUCAUAUCAUCUCCUCCAUUCUGAGGAUCCGUUCUGCAGAAGGGAAGCGCAAGGCGUUUUCCACUUGUGCCUCUCAUCUAAUAGUGGUCUGCCUUUUCUAUGGGACUACGAUCUUCACUUAUGCCAGGCCCUCCUCAAGCCACCAUCCAGACCAGGACAGGCUGGUGAGCAUGCUGUAUGGGGUGAUUACCCCAAUGCUGAACCCCUUAAUCUAUAGCCUUAGAAACAAGGAAGUAAAAGGAGCCUUGAAAAAACUGAUGCAUCUUACCCUUUGCACUGAGAAAAAUGGACUUGCCCAGAAAGCUUCCAUUGUUGAAGGCGGACUAGAACUUGGAUUUGUCCAUUUUUUUGUCCAACACCUUCACCACUGA